GUUUUGAAUCCCUGCCGCGAUGGGUUGCUUCGAGAGCAAACCCGACCAGCAGGUGCAGCCGGUUACCGUCCGAUCACCGACGGACAUCUUCUGGCUGGUACUGUACGUCGUCUUCUGGAUUGCAUUGAUCGUAAUCGCUAUCUUUUCCUUCAUUUACGGAAAUCCGCUCCGCAUCAUCAAUGGGUACGACUCGUUCGGCAACACGUGCGGUGUGCGCAGCAACGAUAAAUUCUCCAACUUCCCCAUGUCCGGCAUGAAUACGGAGGACAAACCGUACCUGUUCUUCCUCGACAUAAAGGAACUGCGCCACACGCUUAAGAUUUGCGUUAAAGAAUGUCCACAACGUGAAAUUUUGAAUGCUGCCGAGCUGUACCGUUACUACGAGGAUCGUAAGGCAAAGUACUGCCGGUACGAUUUUAACAUGGGCAUGCUCCAAACGCAGGAUGCCGGUGCUGCAAAGUAUUUCGAUUUUGCCGGACCCUGUCCACCGUUUCCUGUGUAUCAAUCGGCUCCCGUACUGCACCGCUGCAUACCGACCGGCGUGAAUGCACCACUCCAGCAGGUGAAGAAGAUGUACGCACUGAUCAAUUCCUGGGAAGCGACACAGCAAGUAUUUAGCGAUCUGUACAAAGCGUGGCCAACGAUCGUGCUCGUGUGUGCGCUGAGUUUGAUAUUUUCCAUCAUAAUGAUUGCACUGCUCCACUGGCUCGCGACGAUCGUUUCGUGGUUGAUCUGCAUCAUCGUGGUGGUGGCCAGCAUCGGUAUUACCGGUGUGCUUUGGUGGAGUUACUACAAGGCGAAGCAUACGCUUGAUACGGACCAGCAGCUAUCUUAUCUGGAGGAGUUGGUACGCAACGAAACAACGAUCUAUGUGCUUGCGAUCGCAGCCACUUGCAUCAUGAUCAUCCUGCUCGUGGUUAUCUACUAUCUGCGUGAGAAGUUGACCGGUUUGGCGGCACUGUUUGAAGAAGCGGGCAAAUGUAUGCUACAGCUGCCGGGAUUGGCUGGACCACCGUUGCUAGCCUUCCUAGCACUUUCCAUAUUUCUUGUCUUCUGGGUGGUGGUGGUCGUUUGUCUAGCAACUGCCAACUAUCCCGGCGUGAAACCAUUGCUUCCGUUGGCACAGCUCGAAGAAAAUCCCUCGCUCGCAGACGAUACAAAGCUGAAGCCGGAAUUGGCGGGCAAGAAUGAUACCAGCUUUAAAUCUUUUAAACUGGUAGAAUACCACGAUGUUAAUGCGCUACGCCACAUGCUCUGGAUCUACAUUAUUGGACUGAUUUGGACGAGCGAGUUUAUCUUCGCCUGCCAACAGCUGGCCAUUGCCGGUGCGGUUGCAUUUUGGUACUUCCGCAAGCCGACUGAUUCGCCCGUACUGCUCGCAAUUGCUAAGCUGGUUAAGUAUCAUCUGGGAUCGGUUGCGAAGGGUUCGCUCAUCAUAACGAUCUUUAAAAUUCCGCGCCUCAUACUGACGUAUCUGUAUGCCAAACUGAAACGCCACCAGCAGGAGGGUUCGGAGUGUGCUAGCUGUUGCCUACGGUGCUGCAUCUGUAGUUUCUGGUUGUUGGAAAAAUUCAUUCGCUAUCUCAACCACAACGCGUACACCGUGAUCGCGAUCGAGGGUGUCAACUUUUGUCCGGCUGCAAAGAUUGCUUGGAAUGCACUCGUAACAAACGCGCUGCAAGUGGCCACCAUUAACGGAAUCGGUGAUUUUGUACUGUUCCUCGGCAAACUAGCCGUAGCCUCGAUCUGUGGACUGAUUAGCAUCCUGCUGCUGCGUGACAAUCCCGAUCUACACUUCUACAUGGCACCGGUUAUCAUUAUUACCGUGUUUGCAUUCUUCAUCGCUCACAUUAUUCUGUCCCUUUACGAGAUGGUUGUCGACACACUCUUUCUGUGCGUGUGUGAGGAUCGCACCAUCAACGGCAAUAGUGGCCGCUGGAAGGAAAGCAAUCUGGCCCGGCUGCUUGGUGAAGCACCGGAACCGGACGCAGUUGAGGCACCGAUGCAAGAGGUACAGCUAACGCCCAUCACAAAGCAACCCUUCUCGGCCCAGUUCCUGCAGGCUGAGAUGGAAAACAGUAAGGCUUAA